GGAAUUUGGUCUUUGCAGCUUCCGGCCAGCUCAGUGUAGUUAGUCUUGGGCGGCAGGAUUCUGAAUCUGUAGGUAUUGUUCGUCCAAACUAAGAUGGUGCUUCUAACGAUGAUUGCUCGGGUAGCUGAUGGGCUUCCGUUAGCGGCUUCUAUGCAGGAGGAUGAGCAGUCGGGUCGAGAUCUGCAGCAGUACCAAAGCCAAGCCAAGCAAUUGUUUCGGAAACUCAAUGAACAGUCUCCUACCAGAUGCACAUUAGAAGCUGGAGCAAUGACUUUUCAUUACAUUAUUGAGAAAGGAGUUUGUUAUCUGAUACUAUGUGAAGCUGCUUUCCCCAAAAAAAUGGCUUUUGCAUACCUGGAAGAUUUGCACUCAGAAUUUGAUGAACAACAUGGAAAAAAGGUGCCAACAGUGUCCAGACCCUAUUCUUUCAUUGAGUUUGAUACUUACAUUCAGAAAACCAAGAAGCUGUAUAUAGAUAGCCGUGCAAGAAGAAAUCUUGGCUCUAUUAAUACCGAGUUACAGGAUGUACAAAGAAUCAUGGUAGCCAACAUUGAAGAAGUCUUACAACGAGGUGAAACUCUUUCAGUAUUGGAUUCCAAGGCAAACAAUCUGUCCAGUUUGUCCAAGAAAUACCGCCAGGAUGCAAAAUAUCUGAACAUGCGUUCCACCUACGCCAAGCUCGCUGCUGUUGCUGUGUUCUUUAUUAUGCUGAUUGUCUAUGUGCGGUUCUGGUGGCUGUGAGAGAUUAAUGGGCCCCAAAGAGGGAUAUUUAAUAAUAGCAAGCAUAUCAUUGUUAAAUAGCCAAGAUCACAGGAUGUACAUUAGAAUCUGCCUAGAAAUGUUCUUACAAUGAGAAUUGCUGCUAUUUCCAAAUGUCAGAGCUUGCUGGGACUAAGGAUUUUCCUUUGUAGCAGUGACAUGCUUGGAAGACAAGACACUUCUCCAGCUGACAGAUAGGAGUAGCCUAAUUUGAUCUAUCUACUGCUAUUCAGCACUGCUGAUAAUAGACAUACCCUAAAAUAAGUGCAGCUCUGGUAGUUAGGGGAUUCUAAUGGACAUUCUAGAGUGUGAGCCUUGUUAAUUGAAGAGAAAUUCCUGUUUCAAGGCUGACACGUGUGUGCAUGUGUGUGUGUACAUGACACACACUGAUUUUUUUAGUUUGUCCAGUCAAUACUGAUUUUAUAUUAUCAAAUCUUGACUCAUUACCCUGUUAAUUUAGUAACUGCAUAAAAAUAUUGCUUCAUCUGGCUUCUGUGACUGGUAAGUGAAAUGAGGAAAUAAUUUGAGUUCACGUCACUGUAAAUAUUUGAGCAUCAUGCUAAACUGUAGUUCAGUGUAUUAUGACUAAGCUACAGGACAUUUCUCCAGCUGACAGAUAGGUGUCAGCAAGUGUUAGAGUAUUACUGUACAGCUGAGGAAAUACUUCAGCUUUUACUUCUGAUUUGUUUAACUAUGGAUUGUCAUAUCAUUUGGACUAAAUUAGGUUUAAUUCUAACUAUAGCUAAUUUGAAGCUAUACAGUUUCAAAAGCAGAAGCUUUUGGCCAAUUUCCCAUGACUAGGCAAGGGAAGAGAAAAGAGGAGGGUCCUCAGGACCAAGAUUCACUAAGGCUCAUUUACACUGUGGCUUAGUGUGAUGUUCAGAUGUGGCCUCUCUCUGUUUAUCUUACACUGAGUUGCUGAGUGCCCUCACAAAUGUUGUUGCAGUCUGUAAGAUCACCUACUAGCUGGAUAUCCCUUAUUACAAAAGAACAGUGGAAGAGCAGGCUUCUUCCUGAGAACCUGAAUAUAUAUUUUGAAAAAUUAACCCCUUUCUUUCCUAGAACUAUGUUUCUAACUUUAUCACAAAAGAUAAAUUGCCAUGGAGUAUCUCUGGUGACACUGCCCUCCACAAAGUAUACAUAUCUAUUUUGGGAAUUGCCUAGCUGCAAGCAAAUUCAGUUCCAUGAGUCAAGAUCUGUCAUAGAAGUUCUGCAGAAUAAACAGAAAACAUCUCAGUUCUGACAAGGCCAAAGAACUUUAAACUCCAAGGUUAAAUGUCUAUUGCCAUCCACAUGUCAGCACUGAAAUAAAUGUAUUAAGUAAAUCUU